UGCGGUAAUCUCGUCCAUCAAUGAAAUGCAACUUUCUUUUCCUUUAAAACUGAAUUUACUUUUAUGUGGUGAAAAAAAUGUUUAAGUAAUAAAGACAAUGGAAAUAUUUUUGAAAUUGUUCAAAAGUAUAUCUUGGAAGCUAAUAGGUUCUUUUUAGCAUCUCAUAUUAUGUCAAUUUUGCAAUAUUCUAUUUUUAUUAUUUUGUUUUCCCCUUUUACCGGUACCGGCCCGUUUUCUUCCCCCUUUUUAUCUGUUGUUUAUCAUAUAUCCUUACUUUUCUUUCUUCCUCUUUCAAAUUGUAUAAACAUUUUUCAGUUUUUAUUUCAUUUGUUUGUUUUCUUUCAUUUUUUUUCUUUUUCUUUUCGUUUACUCAUUCUAUAUGUGUGUAUAUGUGCAUAUGUAUGUGUACAUAUAUCGAACCUUUUCUCAGCCUAUCUGUUUGUACUUUUAUUUAUAUAUGUGUGCACGUUCAUGUGAAUGUUCUCCAGUGUAUAUAUUAUGUAUUUGUACUGUGUGUGCCUUGUAUUUCCAUUUCCAUUUGAGGGCAUUGUUGCACUCAAAGAGUAAAUGUUUUGAAUUUUCUACAUUUGUACAACCUUACAUAAUAAGAUUUAUAGAAUUAACUAUAAAUCCAUUUAUUUUAGCCAGACUUAAAUAUAUUUUAUUUCUGAGGAUUUUUUCGGAAACACUAUUCCGGAAUCCUACCGGAAAUAAGUUGGCAAAUAGAAUAGCAUUUCCUUUUAUGACGAGGCAAUUUCGGGAGAACGGUGAGAUAACAGUCGAGACAACAUUUUAAUUUUUUAUAAGAUUCAGAAGCUACGGAAAAUAAGUUAAAUUGUAGAAAAAACAUGCCAAAAGAAAAAUCAACGAGGGCGAAAAAGAAGAAGGGAGGUGAUGUUAUGAGAAAGGGGCGAACAAAUAAAAAUGUGGAAGGACCAGUUGAAUUUCAAGAGCAGACGACAAUGGAGACAUCAACAAAUAACGGAUUUGAGGGAGAAAUGGAUGUAUCACCCAGAGAUGAACCAUCGGGAUUCCGCAUGGAGAAUUCCAGGGAAACCAUUCGAGAACAACAGGUAUGGGUAGUGGGCUCAUCAAUAGUCAAAAGAGCAUUUUUAGCAGCUAGAAUCAGACCAGAUGGAGUUAACUUGGGACUAAUGGAUAGAUUAAAUGUGUCUAUUUGGUGGCAAGGAAAAGGGGGUAUGGGCUGGUAUGAAAUGUACAACAAGAUCAAAACAUUGCUGAAAGUUGCUGACCCUCCUGAUUACAUUAUUCUACAUUGUGGUGGUAAUAAUAUUGGGUACACACCAAUCAAACAGCUUAUACAAGAUAUGAAAGGUACAAUUGACAAAAUUUGGAAACUUUUACCCAAUACAAAGCUUGUAUGGUCACAAAUAUUGCCUAGAAAGAACUGGUAUUCAUCAGAUAGCAUAGAAAAAAUGAAUAAUUCUGCAAAAAGAAUCCACAGUUCAGUGGCGGCUUAUAUAGUAAGGAAUGGGGGAUGUUAUAUCAAGUAUUUGGAUAUCAAACUUGUAAACACAAAUCUUUUUGAGGCAGAUGGGGUCCAUAUAUCAAAUAUAGGCAAUGAAAUUUUUCUCAACAACAUUAGUGCAGGGUUAGAACAAUUUAUAACGAAUGGAUGGCAAGUGUAUCCAAAGUUAUACUAGAAUUUGGACGGGGUAUUUUGUGGCAAGGUCUUGGCUCCAGGAACUAGCCGCUUCCCCCCCCCCCCCCCCCUUGGUGGCGGUGGCUUCAAUGGUUAAUAUUGUAAACAUUUCCGCCAUGUGGAAGAAUGCGCGUCUGGUUCCUGUGAUUGGACAUUGAAUGAUUUGAUUGGACAAUAUUGUAUGUAUUGAAUUAUUUGGUGACAAUUUGGUCACAUAUAUAUAUGAUACACUUUGAUUGCCGCUCACCGGAAUCAUAGUCAUAUGGUUUUUUGUUUAAUUGAAAAUUGACAUUUUAAUGAUUGAUGUUUGGGGGUGAUUGCAAAUCGUCUCAUUGCCGUCAACCGGAAUGAGAAGAUCUGCGAAAUUUGUUGCUUGAUUUUAUGAUAUAACAUUAGGCAAUGAUGUGUUUUUGGCCUGUACCAUUUGGGUGUCAAUACACAGGUGUAAUUUACAUGGUAAAAUUUUAAUGUAAAACUUUAAAAUUUUACUCAUUGCCUAGUUGCCAAGACCAACAACAGCCACAGUGGGGAGGGGGGUGUUGU